ACGCACUUGUAUGGAAUUACCCUCACCAAUGCGGCCUGUGUCCUGCUCGGCUUUGGCUUCCAGGAAUCUCAUUCCUCAAUGAGGGGUAAAAGUGAGCACCGAGGGGGAUCUUCGACACCUUUGUCCUCCAUCUUUGAAAGGGUCGAUUGGAAAUUCCACACACCGGAUGUGCACUUUUUGUGAGCGAGGACAUGGCCAAGGUGUAUAGACUCUGUACAGGAAUAAUAACAGCUCUCGCUUUAUGUGAAUACUCCACCGCCAAUUGGAAUAUCACGGAGUCUGUUAAUCAAACAGAGACCCCCUGUCAUCGCCAUGGCAACGGAGAUAACUGCACAGCGCCCACUUUAGAUACGGGAGAGUGGAAUGAGCAUUUCUCCAAAUGUCCAGAAGACCUCCACCACUACUGCAUCCACGGGGCGUGUCGCUAUAUCAAAGACCAGAAGACGCCAUCUUGCAGGUGCCAGCAUGGUUACGUUGGCUCCAGGUGUGAGUACAUCGACCUGGACUGGCAGAUAGGAGAAAGGCGGCAAAUAAUCAUCAUCAGCGUCAUUGCGACACUCGCGCUCCUCAUUCUCCUCAUCGUGUUCUUCUUCAUCUGUUCACAUCGCAGGUCCAGAUUGUGCCGGAAGAAGGGACGGCAGACGGAGGAAUCAAGGAACGGGACCGAGAAGCUUCAUAUGAUGGACACCAGUGGACACACCUUAACAUCAGACCCAGUGGAACCUCUAAACAACAACAAUGUUGUAUGAGAUGAGAGCGGGUGUCCGCCUGCCUAGAUUCAGUUUGGGACAUUGUCCUUAGGAUGCACAAUGACAACAAAGGUCCAUAUCCCCCUGGGCUGGUCAGGGAUGUGUCCUCCAGAGUCUGUCCAAGAUGGAUGUCAUGAGGCUGCAACCGUGAAGAAGCAGGAGACACUUUGUUGUAUUUACCCUAAAGACAAGCUGGAUAUAAACAUUCAGCGGGUGAAUUCUUUUAUUCCCUUGCCGAGGAGCAAGAGGCGGUCGCAGCCUUUGAAGAGCUGCCAACUGCUGUGGGCUAAACAAAUAAAUUGUUGCUGUGAUGGAAAAAGCUGCAGCACAGGUGGCAGGUGGUGAUAACAGUUGCUUAGGUUACUUGACUUCAUAUUGUAUACAAAUACUUUCUAAUUGGUUUAAAUGAACACUUCACAGUUCAUUGUUGAGCCUUAAAACUUGCACAUGUCCUGUUGUAAGACAUGUUUCUAGUCAAUGUUAACAAUACACAGAGCAAAUCUAAUCCCAAAUCCUAAAUCAACGAACAAACCCUAACCUGAGUUCCGAAACCCUAAACCCUAACGCUAACCACAUGGUACACAAUCCUUAAACCUAAGGACAAACAUUUAACCAAAUGUAUGUACCAGUUUUCAAAUUAUCUGCAUUACCUAUUGUCCUAUUUUUGAUCGCUUUUGACAAUCAAUUACCAUGGACUCAAGAGUGCACAUAAAUAUAAGCCACACCCACUUACUUUUUGGACAAAUUCUAAGUGUACAAGCCACACAGGCGACAUACAGUAACCUACUGGUAAAGCCAUUGCGCUCUCUUCGUCCUUCUCCUGCUCCUGCGCACUGAAUCUCCUGAAGUUGCCUUCUUCGGCCUUCCGUUAGCGGUGGUAGAGUUCCGGCGGCCGUUUCCUUUUUCAAUGGCCGGGUUGACCAUCUUCGGCUUUGGGGGUCUGCGUCUUCUGCAUUUCAUCGUUUCUUCUCCCUGACGAGGGUGAGUCCAUAACGCACUACAGUAAAUGGCUGACUGAAUGAUUAUGUGAGUGUGAUUUAUCUAAUGUGAAACAGUUUCAUUAGUCCACCAUGACACGUUUGGCAAUUUAAUCGGUCUAAUGUGACAAGGCUAAAUUUAUUGGUGGAAGGAAAGGCUCGUGAACACAAAAUAUCCACAAAAUAGCUGCAGUGUCAUAUAAAGCAUAGAGUUCAAAAUGUGGAAAAUAAAUAGCGGCUUAUAAACCGGAAAUUACGGUAGAUAGGGCUAACAUAAUUUGCUGUACAUUAGGGUUAAUCCUAAACCUAAACCUAAGGGCUAACACUGACUACCUUAUUUUUCGGAGUAUAAGUCGCACCUGCCGAAAAUGCAUAAUAAAGAAGGAAAAAAACAUAUAUAAAUCGCACUGGAGCCCGGCCAAACUAUGUAAAAAACUGCGACUUAUAGUCCGAAAAAUACGGUACUAACACUAAACUUAAAGGGGAACAUUAUCACCAGACCUAUGUAAGCGUCAAUAUAUACCUUGAUGUUUUUAACCGAUUUCCGAACUCUAAAUAGGUGAAUAUUGGCGAAUUAAACGCCUUUCUAAUAUUUGCUCUCGGAGCGAUGACGUCACAACGUGACGUCGCAUCGGGAAGCAAUCCACCAUUUUCUCAAACACCGGGUCAAAACAGCUCUGUUAUUUUCCGUUUUUUCGACUGUUUUCCGUACCUUGGAGACAUCAUGCCUCGUCGGUGUGUUGUCGGAGUUUGUAACAACACGAACAGGGACGGAUUCAAGUUGCACCAGUGGCCCAAAGAUGCGAAAGUGGCAAGAAAUUGGACGUUUGUUCCGCACACUUUACUGACGAAAGCUAUGCUACGACAGAGAUGGCAAGAAUGUGUGGAUAUCCUGCGACACUCAAAGCAGAUGCAUUUCCGACGAUAAAGUCAAAGAAAUCUGCCGCCAGACCCCCAUUGAAUCUGCCGGAGUGUGUGAGCAAUUCAGGGACAAAGGACCUCGCUAGCACGGCAAGCAAUGGCGGCAGUUUGUUCCCGCAGACGAGCGAGCUAAACCCCCCUGGAUGUCUUGGCUCACACCGUCCCAAGAUGAUCAAGAGAAGAAUAUCGACCCUAGCUUCCCUGGCCUGCUGACAUGAGGGUAUGUCUACAGAAUAUAUUAAUUGAUGAAAAUUGGGCUGUCUGCACUCUCAAAGUGCAUGUUGUUGCCAAAUGUAUUUCAUAUGCUGUAAACCUAGUUCAUAGUUGUUAGUUUCCUUUAAUGCCAAACAAACACAUAGCAAUCGUUGGUUAGAAGGUGAUCGCCGAAUUCGUCUUCGCUUUCUCCCGUGUCGCUGGCUGUCGUGUCGUUUUCGUCGGUUUCGCUUGCAUACGGUUCAAACCGAUAUGGCUCAAUAGCUUCAGUUUCUUCUUCAAUUUCGUUUUCGCUACCUGCCUCCACACUACAACCAUCCGUUUCAAUACAUUCGUAAUCUGUUGAAUCGCUUAAGCCGCUGAAAUCCGAGUCUGAAUCCGAGCUAAUGUCGCUAUAGCUUGCUGUUCUUUCCGCCAUGUUUGUUUGUGUUGGCUUCACUAUGUGACGUCACAGGAAAAUGAACGGGUGGUUAAAAUCAGGCACUUUGAAGCUUUUUUUAGGGAUAUUGCGUGAUGGGUAAAAUUUUGAAAAACAAUUCGGAAAAUAUAAUAAGCCACUGGGAACUGAUUUUUAAUGGUUUUAACAAUUCUGAAAUUGUGAUAAUGUUCCCCUUUAAACCCAACCUGUCAUCAAUUUCCACAAUGUUGGUUGUUUUUGGUGAACAAAAAGAUUUCUACCCCUAACGCUAACUUGAACCCUAUGUGGUCUACAACCGUUUGGAUCAUCUAUUGUCCUAUCUGGCAUUUAUAGAUGUUUAUUUUAGAAGUACUUAGUUCUGAUGUUAGGUGAGCUAAGGAAGUUAAUGGUACCUUUCUGGCUCACGGUUCUUACAGUUUUUACUUACCCUCGUAUCUAAUCAAAUUGGUAUGCUCAAUUUGUUUACCUUCACAAGCAAUGUUUUGGUAAAUAUGAAAGGCCACCGUUUGAGACUCCAAACUUGAAGAAGUACGCACAAAGGAGGGUUUGUACCUGAGAAUAUAUUUGAGAGCCAGGCAGCGUCCGAGUGGAACAACCGAGCCAGUGUGGAGUGGAGGGAGAGUGGUCUAAUGUUUGCAUGGCUCACUGAAUGUUCAAGAGAAACGUUAAUGAAGUCUGCUCACUUAUUUAAGACUCACCUGUUUGCAUUACAUUGGUUUGCUGUUUGUAUUUAUAGGAAGACUCACAAUAUCAACCAUAAAACAAAUCCAGCUAUGCA